GCGGGCGAGAACGUUAGUCCAUUGUGAAGUGCGUAGAAAUGAAGCUCGUGUUGGGUGUGGCCAUUGCCGUUUGCGUUUGCAUUACGCAACUGGAGGCAUACAGGAUUCUGUGCGUGUUUCCUAGUUCCGGACGUUCGCAUGUUCUCGUGGGCCAGGCACUACUGAAGGGAUUGGCGGAACGUGGCCAUGAGGUAACGAUGGUGAGCCCCUUCAAGCUCUCAAAACCGGUGCCCAACUAUCGUGAAAUCGUCGUGAAGAAGGUCGAUCUCGAUAGCAUGGCGAAGGACUUCCUGCAAAAGAACACCGGCAACUCGCCGUCGACGAUGAUCGCACUCUUCCAGAGCCAGUUCCAGACGGCCGAAAUGGCGCUACAGGACCCACAGUUUGAGGCGAUCAAGAACGAACACUUUGACCUCGUCAUCAUGGGCUACUUUGUGGCCGACUUUGUGCUCGGCCUUGGGCCCCACUUUAACGCCCCGACAGUGGUCCUGUUUUCGGCUGGCCUCACCAAAUUGACGGCCGACUUUGUGGGCAACCCGCGAGCCAUAUCGACCGUACCGAGUGUGCUGCUCGGUGGCCGCGGUACGAUGGGUUUUACCGACCGUCUCAAGAACUUUCUCGUCGCCAUACUCGAGAACGCGGUCAGUGCGGCAUCGGCCCACUUCCAGGCGGCGUAUUACGAGCGGAACUUCCCGUCCGAUCGAUACCCGCCGUACGCGGACGUGCGCAAAAAUGCGUCCCUCGUGCUGCUGAACACGCACUUCUCGCAAACGAUGGCCCGCCCGUACCUGCCGAACGUGGUCGAGGUCGGGGGGUUGCAGAUCAAGCCGAAACCGGACCCGCUACCGGAGGACAUUCGCGAAUGGCUGGACGGCGCGGGCGAAUACGGUGCCGUGUACUUUUGCCUCGGCUCGAACCUCAAAUCGGUCGAUCUUCCGCCGGCCAAACUGGACGCGAUUCUUAAAACGUUCGCCAAGCUUAAGCAACGCGUCCUGUGGAAGUGGGAAAGUGACACGAUCCCGAACGCACCACCGAACGUGCUGUCGAAGGCGUGGCUCCCGCAGGACGACGUGCUGGCGCACCCGAACGUGAAGCUGUUCAUCUCGCACGGCGGCCUCGGUGGGACGAGCGAGGCCAAGUACCACGGGGUGCCGGUGCUGGGCAUUCCGAUCUUUGCCGAGCAGGACCAGAACAUCCAGGCGCUGGUCGACGAGGGAAUCGCCAUGAUGCUCGACUACCAGCAGCUGGACGAGCGUUCGUUCUCGCGCGCCGUCAACAUAAUGGUCCGCGAGCAUCGGUACCGCGAGCGGGCGAAGGAACUGUCCGCCAUCUACCGGGAUCGGCCGCAAAGUGCCAUGGAUUUGGCGUGCUACUGGGUGGAGUACGUGGCCCGCCACCGGGGGGCCCCGCACCUUCACUAUCCCGGCGCCGAUAUGGGCUUCCUCGCGCGCGAAUCACUCGACGUGAUCGGCUUCCUGCUGGUGGCCAUCUAUCUCACGCUGAAGGCAGUGAAACUGGUGAUCGCGUUCACCUGGCGGAAGCUUUUCAGACGCUCCACCAACAGCAAAGUUAAACAAAAUUAAUAAAGCUCGAUCGGAUUGUGGAUC